GAAUAGGUUAUGUCGCAUUGUUUUGUGUAUGUGGAUAGAAUUGGAGUAACUCUGGCAAGUGAUUUGAAAUGAAAAUUGUACAAUUACAUAAAAAUUAUACAAAUUUUCAUUAAAAUUCAUUUGUAAAUAUGACUCAUUGCCAAUUUUUUAUAAAACGUAAAAAAAGAUACUGUAAAAUGAUAGUAAAAAAGGGUAAUAUGUAUUGUGGAGAGCAUCAGGAAGUAUCAUUAGAACUUUUGGAGCCAAAUAAUUGUGAAAAGUCUAUAUCUCAACCUAGAAGGAUACAGUGUCCGCUGGAUAAGUCUCAUACUUGCUAUGAAUCAAGACUGAAACAACACCUUAAAGUGUGCAACGUGAAACAAUUGAUUGACAGAAAGCCUGAGUAUAUUAUUGAUGGAAUUAAUAAAGGAAGUACAAUUAAUAUUCCAAAACACAUUCCACUUUGUAAUCUUGAACAAAAUAUAAUUGACAAUGUAAUAAGUAAAGUAGAAAAAGCAUAUGACAUGUUACCUCAAGUUGAGGAACUAAUCUAUGAACAUGAAAUUCUCAAAGAUGAAAUUAACAAUCCAACUUACGGUAAUCAUAUAAAAAAGCAUUUAAUUCAAAAUGCAUCUUUAUUAUCUCACCUCAAAUAUGCUGGAUUAGUGAAAGAUGAUACGUGUUUUAUAGAGUUUGGUGCUGGUAAAGGAAAACUAACAUACUGGCUAGCUCAAAUAAUAAAAGAUAUAGAAAAACCAACAAUUUUAUUAGUUGAUCGUUCUAGUCAUAGGUAUAAAAAAGAUAAUAAACUAAAAAACGAAAAAUGCCCAAUAAAUAUCAUCAGAAUUCGAGCUGAUAUAGCUGAUCUUGCCUUACAUAAAAUCGAAGAUGUAAAAAAUAGUACCCAUAAAGUUGGCAUUGCCAAACACUUAUGUGGUGCUGCUACAGAUUUAAUGAUUAACUGUUUAUGUAAACUGAGCAAAGAAGAUUCAACAGGUACUAUUGGACUAAUAAUAGCUUUUUGUUGUCAUCAUCGAUGCGAGUAUAAUUCUUAUGUAGGUAAAAGCUAUCUAGAAGCAUGUGGCUUUGAACCAGAAGAUUUUCCAAUUUUAAGUAGCAUCGCUAGUUGGGCUACAUGUGGAUCUAAGAAUGAUCAAAAAUUGAAUACUUCAACAAAAAUAAACGAUACUUCUCAACUGGAAAAAAGGGAAUCAAUAGGUCGAAAGGUCAAAUUGAUCCUAAAUUGGGGACGAGUCAAGUAUUUGACGGAAAUAGGAUUUAAUUGUAAUUUAUAUUUUUAUACAAAACUAGAGGUUUCUCCAGAAAAUAUGUGUGUUGUAGCGAUACGAAAAUAAAUUAAUUCAUAAUUUA